GCGGGCCCAUGGUGGGGGAGUAGUUCCCGCGGCGGAGGGCGGGGCGGUGCGCCGCGGCCCAGCUGAGGCCCCAGAGUGUUUAUGUGAGCGCCGCGCCGCCCGCCGCCACUCCGCGCCGCUGUUUUGAGGCACCCCCAGGAUACCAGAGCAGGUGUUGUUGGCAUGACUGGGUUUAAGACCAGGGCCCAUGGCGGCGCGCGGUGAGGGGAGCACCGGGGGUAUUCACUCACGAGCCACCACCACCAGCGCGGCCCACACUGCCAGGAACAGGAGUCAGCUGGGGUCCUCUGGGGUGGAGGGUCAGGAGUCCUUCACCAGCCCCCUUCCACUGAGGAAACGCAAAUUUGGCGUCGCCGAGACCGCCGGGGCCAGGAAGCGCAGCGGCGGAGGCGGCUCGUCCAGCGACCACCACAACCACCACCAUCACCACCACAACCAGCUUGACGAUAGCCUUGGCUCACCGCCCCCACCACCACCACCACCGCCCCCACCACCACCACCUCCGCCACCGCCAGGGCCGCCAGCCUCCACAGCAGCAGUGCCAGCCAAGCGACGCAGACUGACCGCCGCUGCCUCCGCUGACCUCAGGCUCACGCAGCAGGAGGCCAGUAGCAGCAGCAGCAGCAGCAGCAGUGGGUGUAGUGGGUGCAGUAGUAUUGUGGAGAGCCCGGCUAGCAAGAGACAGCGCAGGAACAGCCACUUGGAGCCUUCCCGCCACACUCCCUCCUACAGUCUGGCAGCCAACGCUCAGCACACUCCCACGCGCUCCCACGGCUACAACACACGGCUGCAGCAGACCCAGCAGUCGGCGGGGCAGGAAAAUGCCCCGACCACAGAGGAGGGUGGGGCAGCGGGGGUGAUGGGACGGGGCAGAGGGUCGCCCCGGAGGACAAAAGGACCCGGGGCUGUCAGGAAGAAACCAGCCCCGAAACCCCCCUCACAACCUGCCCCGGGGCCUUCCUCGGGGCAAGGGCAGUUUAGGGGGGCAGUGGGUCGAGGAACUAGACCCCGGAAUCCUGCCCCAAAACCCCCCUCACAACCUGCCCCGGGGCCUUCCUCGGGGCAAGGGCAGUCUGGGGGGGCAGCGGGGCGAGGAACUAGACCCCAGAAUCCUGCCCCGAAACCAAACCAAGGCUCAUUCUCGGGGGCACCGGGGCGAGGAACUAGACCCCGGAAUCCUGCCCCGAAAUCAAACCAAGGAUCAUUCUCGGGGGCACCGGGGCGAGGAACUAGACCCCGGAAUCCUGCCCCAAAACCAAAUCAAGGAUCAUUCUCGGGGGCACCGGGGCAAGGAACUAGACCCCGGAAUCCUGCCCCGAAACCGAACCAAGGAUCAUUCUCGGGGGCACCGGGGCGAGGACCUAGACCCCAACCGCCCCGAGCUAAGCCCUGGAAACCUACCCUGAAAACCACCACGGGGCAAGGGGAGAGCAGCAGUAGGGGGGUGGGGGAGGAGGGGGCGGGGCAAGGAGAUAGACCCCAGCACCCCGCCAUGACCCGGCCCCGGAUGAUGCAGUCCAAGCCCCAUCUGACCCAGGAUGAUACCGCGGGGGAUGAGUCAUGCCCCGCGCCCCAUCACCCUGAGAAGUCACCCAGCGGAGGCAUCCUAAAGUCCUACCCCCUGCGGAACCGCCUGAGGCUCACUGACGGGGGUGGAGGAGGAGGAGGAGGUGGAGGAGGAGGGGGAGGAGGAGGAGGCGGGGGAGGAGGAGGAGGAGGAGGCGGAGGAGGAGGAGGAAACACCCCUCUCGCUCCAUCUCGGCUUGAUCAUAUACAGUCCCCAUCAGUGCCGCCGCCGCCGCUGUCGCCCCCUAGCGUGGCGUUCCUUGCCGACACCUUCCGGCGGCUGCGGGAGCCCCGGCGCUCGUCCCAGGAGCAGCCCCCGCCCACCCCCAACCCCAGCCCUGCACCCACCGCCGCCCCCGCCACACCCACCACCACACCCACUGCCGCUGCCACGCGAAGGGCCGCCAACCAGGCCAGGGACGCCAGGCAGAGUGCAGGGAGCUGGAAGAGGAGUCACGCUACCAAGAAGUCUCCGCUGUCCUCCAAGCGGAACAGCCGCAGCAAAGCAUCCACAACGGGGUCCUGUGCAAGCAGCAGCCAGCACUCGGCGCGGGGCUGUGCAAAAGUGGGUCUGGGUGGCGGCAGCGGGUCCGUGGGGAUGUCGGGGCCACACAGCGGGGCGGCGGGGCACGACACGGCCUCCUCGUCCGGCCCCCCGCCCCCGCCCACGCCCCAGUCCACUGCCGCGUCCCCCUCCGCCGUGCCUCCACCGCCGCCCCCCAACCCCGCCCAGCCCCUCCACACGGCCCCGUCAACCUCGACCACCCCCGGCCUGCUGCCAUCCGCCCCGAUCGGAGCCAUUGGGGGAGGCAGCAGCAGCGGGGCGAGUGGCGGGGGCCUAGCGGGGGGCAUCGGGGGACUGGUGGGCGCCCCGACAGACAGCGAGAGCGAGGAGAAUGAAAUGGGCCGCCUGGAGACACUGUUGGCUACCCGCGGACUACCCCCAAGCCUCUUCGGAGCUCUGGGGCCGCGCAUGCAACACAUUCUGCAUCGCUCUGUAUCCUCGUCAAUUAGUUCGAAGGCGCAGCAGCUGUUGGCGGGUCUGCAGGCCAGCGGCGAGGAGAGCGAGCAGCUGCAGGCAGUGAUAGAGAUGUGUCAGCUGUUGGUGAUGGGCAACGAAGAUACGCUGGCCGGCUUCCCCAUCAAGCAGGUGACGCCCGCCCUCAUCAACCUCCUCAGCAUGGAACACAACUUUGAUAUGAUGAAUCACGCAUGCCGAGCGCUAACAUACAUGAUGGAGGCGCUACCCCGGUCCUCGGCGGUGGUGGUGGACGCCGUGCCUGUGUUCCUGGAGAAGCUGCAGGUGAUUCAGUGCAUGGAUGUCGCAGAACAGUCCCUCACCGCCCUGGACAUGCUCUCCCGGAAGCACUCCAAAGCUAUCCUGCAGGCUCACGGGGUCAGCGCUUGCCUUACCUACAUCGACUUCUUCUCCACGGGUGCCCAGCGCGCAGCCCUCAGCAUCACCGCAAACUGCUGUCAGAACCUCACGGCGGAUGAGUUCCACUUUGUUGCGGACUCCCUGCAGCUCCUCUCCUCCCGGCUGACCUCCCAAGGUGACAAGAAGUGCGUGGAGAGUGUUUGCCUGGCCUACAGCCGCUUGGUGGAUUGCUUCCAGAACGACCCCAACAGAUUGAGGGAGAUCGCUGGGCAUGGCUUGCUCUCCAACACACAGCAACUGCUGGUGAUGUCCCCCCCUGUACUGAGCAGCGGAACUUUCAUCAUGGUCGUGCGAAUGCUGUCUCUGAUGUGCAGCAACUGUCCCCAUUUGGCCGUGCAACUCCUGCAGAACAACAUCGCCCACACCCUCUGCUACCUCCUCACGUCGUCCACAGACCCACCGGGGGAGCAGGUGGAGCUAGUGUCACGGAGCCCCCAGGAGCUGUACGAAAUCACCUGCCUCAUCGGGGAAUUGAUGCCCACGCUACCCUCGGACGGGAUCUUUGCUAUCGACGUGGCCCUUCAGCGACCCCCCGGCUGUGCCCCCGACGCUGUUACAUGGCAGUGGCAAGUGGAUCGUACCACCUGGCUCAACUACUCCCCCAGCGACUCGCGGAUCAUUGAGCACUCACACCAGUCGGGGGAAGACGAGAUCAGCCUAUGUGUCCAGGGCUGCUCCUACACCAUUGACUUCCACUCCAUGCAGCAGAUUGAUGACAACACAGGUGCCAUGCGAGCUGUGCAGCGUCGCGUGGUGCCCGCCUCGCUCGCCGGCUCCGUGGUGCUGGCCGCUGCUCAGACCACCGACGCACGGGCCCAGUGUCUGCGCGAGGACUCCGAGUUGGCAUCCACCCUCAUCCGGUCCCUGUUCAGCCUUCUCUAUGAGGUGUACAGCUCAUCCGCCGGUCCAGCUGUGCGGUAUAAGUGUUUGCGUGCUCUGCUGCGGAUGGUCCAGUUCUCGUCACCCGACCUGCUCAAACAAGUCCUCAAGAGCCAGAGUGUAUCAUCGCACCUGGCUACCAUGCUGUCAUCGCUGGACCUCAAGAUCAUCGUUGGCGCGGUGCAGAUGGCGGAGAUCCUGAUGGCAAAGCUUCCGGAGAUCUUUGCUGUCUAUUUCCGCCGCGAGGGAGUCAUGCACCAAAUCAAGCGUCUCUGUGACCCCGACGCUACGCUUGGGGCGCCCCCGGCUCGAUGGAGUAGCCCCGAGUUGUCCCUGGGUGCGGGGCGGGCCGGGGCACCUGCGUCGAGUCCACUUCUGGCGGGGCGAGCGUUCAACGGGAACUGCCUUGACGGGUCGACGCCCCCGCUUGGCCUCCCCGCCCCGCCCCCCGGACAGGAUGGGGACCGUGGCCACAGUCCCUCACAGAUGCGGCUCUAUGAUGUGUUGAAGCGGAAGCGGACGGCUCGCAUCCGCACCGGCCCGUGGAGGAAGAGCCGCCAGGAGGAGCCGCCACCGCCGCCGUCAUCCGCCGCAGCCGCCCCCUCGUCCUCGUCGUCAUCCUCAUCGUCAGCGUCGUCUUCGUCGUCCUUCAGCGAGUUCUUCAUCAAGAACGCAGGGCUUGGCGGGGGGCGGGAUACCUGGCGGGGCAUGGCCAGCCGCACCAAGCUUGUCUCCACCCCCGGCACCCCCCACCACGCCUCCCCCCCCACCACCACCACCACUGCCUCCACCACCACCCCCACCACCACUGCGGGGGGUGGGGGUGGUGGCGGGGGCGGCGGCGGGGGGGGCGGAGGGGGCAAGGCGUCUUUCCUCUCCAACUUCAACCCCUCACGCUGGGGCAGAUGCAACUCGUCAUCCGCUGCAGCCGCCCACGACUCACCCACGGCGGGCAAGGACAAAGGCAUAGCAAACAACAUCACCGGGGGCGGGGCGGGCAGCGGGGCCACCUCCAGCUCCUCCUCCUCCUCCUCCACCCCGAACAACAAGGAGGUGGUUCGUGUGUGGAUCAGAGAGCAGGCGCAGAGACUCAACCAGCAGUACUUCACCUCAGAGCUGCAGGGGCCGGCUCAUCCCGCCCUCAGCGUCCUCAACCGUCUCAUCGCCGCCACCCACCAGCUGCAGACGGAGCCGGGGCAGGCGGUUGACGCGUUACGGGAGGUCAGCCGGAUCGUGACGGAGAGCGAUAUCAGUCCGUUUGAAGUCAUCCACUCUGGGCUUGUCCGUUGCCUCCUCUCCUACCUCACAGUGCCGGAGCUUAGUGCCGGGCUUCUCGACGUGGCCUCCUCCGCCUCCGUGUCCAGUGCCGGGGCGGAGAACGGGGGCGCCGGGGCAGCAUCAGGGGGAGGUGGGGCCGCGGGUAUCGGAGUAACGCCGCGGAAUACCAGACUCAGGAAUUUUCUUCAUGUCUUCCUUGGCUGCCCGCUCGGGCCUCUCAGCGUGGGCACGGUUGACACUGGACACAUCGCCCUGUUCAGCGGUCUGGUCACCAAGCUGAACGGGUGCGUCAACCAGCUGGAGCAGUUCCCCGUCAAGGUGCAUGACCUCCCCGGGGCUGCGCUGCCUGGCGGGGCGGGGCGGGGCACCUCAACGUCCGCCAUCAAGUUCUUUAACACCCAUCAGCUGAAGUGCAACCUCCAACGUCACCCGGAUUGCUCUCGGCUGCGUCAGUGGCGGGGCGGACCGGUCAAGGUGGACCCCCUCGCGCUGGUACAGGCGGUUGAGCGCUACCUGGUCAUCCGGGGCUACGGGAGGCUCAGGGACGACGAUGAUGACAACUCCGAUGAAGACAACUCGGAUGAGGAUAUUGACGACACGCUGGCUGCCGUGUCGGUGAACCAGAGCUCAUCCUCCCACAAGCUGCAGUUCAUGAUUGGCGAGGCGGUCCUGCCCUAUUCUAUGACUGUCUACCAGGCCAUCAGACAGUACUCCACCCCCUCGGACGCUGCCGCCGCCGAGGGGGACACGGACACAGACACGCCGGUCUCCCACUCAGCCAUAUGGUUACAGACGCAUACCAUUUACUACAGGCCAGUCCAGGAGGAGGAGCUGCCCCGUCCCUCUGGUGGCAGGAAGGGCAAGUCGGGGGGAUCGAAGACUAGUCCCAAGAAGAAGGCCGACCCUCACCCCCCCGACGGCAGCAUCGUGGGCAGCGGCGGGGGCGGCAGCGGCAGCAGCAUCCUGGACCAGUACCUAAGCGCUGCGUUGCCCGCCAGCGUGACCGUCGGGGACCCCAGUCUGGAGGUCCUGGCCUUGCUCCGGGUCCUGCACGCCCUCAACCGCCACUACGGGUCACUCUACCCCCCCGCGCGCUACCCCCCUCCCCUCCCCACCGCCGAGUUCACCAACCUCAAGCUGACGGCCAAGGCUAACCGUCAACUCCAGGAUCCGCUCGUGAUCAUGAACGGAAAUGUGCCGCCUUGGUUGCCACAGGUCGCCUAUGCUUGCCCCUUCCUCUUCCCCUUCGAGACUCGGCAGCUGCUCUUCUAUGCCGUGUCCUUCGACCGCGACCGGGCCCUUCAACGCCUCCACGACUCCUCCCCCGAGUUGAGCGCAGCGGACAGCAGCGAACGGUUCACGCCGAGACUCGAGAAACGCAAGCGGACAGUUUCCCGCGAGGACAUCUUACGACAGGCCGAGGCGGUGAUGGGUGAGCUCGCCUCGUCACGCGCCGUCCUCGAGAUUCAGUACGAGAACGAGGUCGGGACUGGGCUCGGACCAACACUCGAAUUCUACGCCCUCGUCUCGCGUGAGCUCCAGAAAGCCGAUCUCGAAUUAUGGCGUGGAAAUACAGUCAUGGUGUCCGCUCCUAUUGCCCCAGCGCCUGACCCCCCCACACCACCCCAGGCCCCACCACCACAGCAGCCACCACCACGCCGACAUCACCACCACCACCACCACCAUCAUCACCACCACCAUCACCAUCACCAUCACCACAGGGAGGACAGCAAUGGGGGGAAUGGAGGUGGUGGAGGAGGGGGGGUCAACGCUCCUGCCGUGGCCGCGCCCAGCAAGACUGUUCAGUACAUUGACGCGAGCAGCGGUCUGUACCCGACGCCCAUCCCUCGGAACAUGAAGAGUGCGCAGUUGACGAAGCUUCGCACCAAGUUUAAGUUCCUCGGCAAGUUCAUGGCCAAGGCAGUGAUGGACUCGCGCAUGCUUGAUCUCGGCCUCCAUGAGUGUGUCUACAAGUGGCUGCUUAGUGAGGAGUGGUCGCUGGGUCUCGGGGAUGUGGCCGCGCUGGACCACACUCUUGGCCACACCUUAGGCCGCCUCCACGCCACUGUGCUGCAGAAGAGGCGGCUCGUGGCCCAGGCGGAGGCGGAGGGUGUGGCGGGCUCGGAACUACAGGCACGCUUGGAAGGGCUGACAGUGGACGGAUGCAGCGUUGAGGAUCUGGCGCUGACCUUCACUCUGCCCGGCUACCCCAACAUCGAGUUCCGCAAGGGAGGCUCGGACAUCGCAGUCACCAUCAACAAUCUGGACCACUAUGUACAGCUGGUAACAGACUGGCUGGUGCGUGAAGGAGUGCGUCGUCAAAUGGAGGCUCUCCGCGA